AUGGCGUUCCAGCGGAUGGUGUUGGACCACAUCCUGGUGGCCAUCUGGCAAAACCACAAAUUUCAUAACCGGAUGUACUUUUUUAUCGCCAACCUGGCUUUGUGCGACUUGUUAGCCGGCGUGACUUAUAUAGUCAACCUGCUGAUGUCAGGACAGUGGACGCUACACUUGUCUCCGGCCGAGUGGUUUGUUCGAGAAGGGAGUAUGUUUGUCGCAUUAGGCGCGUCUAUUUUCAGCCUACUGGCGAUUGCGAUCGAACGCCACCUUACUAUGAUCAAAAUGAGGCCUUAUGAUGCAAGCAAAAACUAUCGGGUGUUUCUGCUCAUAGGAACGUGCUGGCUGAUCGCGAUCACACUGGGAGCGCUGCCUAUUUUAGGCUGGAACUGUCUGGAGGAUCUUCCUCAGUGCUCCACCAUCUUACCUCUUUACAGCAAGAGCUACGUCGCGUUCUGCAUCACCAUCUUCAUCUCGCUCCUGCUGGCCAUCUCCGUCCUCUACGCCCGCAUUUACGCCCUGGUCAAGAGCAGCAGCCGCAAAGUCACCAAGCACAGCAACUGCGAGCACUCCAUGGCCCUCCUGCGCACCGUCAGCAUCGUGGUGGGCGUCUUCAUCGCCUGCUGGACGCCCAUCUUCGUGCUGCUCCUCGUCGACGUGGCCUGCGGGACCAAAACGUGCCCGGUUCUGCUCAAAGCUGAUUGGUUCAUCGUGCUGGCCGUAUUGAAUUCCGCCAUGAACCCCGUCAUCUACACGCUGGCCAGCAGGGAGAUGCGCCGGGCGUUUUACAGGCUCGUGUGCGGGUGUUUGGUGCGGGACGGCGCGGUGGGGUGCAAGCAGAACACGGACCCCAGCCGGAGCAAAUCCAGCUCCAACUGCCCACGGGCGGCCGAACAGGAAAACCCAGACGCGCAGAAUCAAGCUAACAAAAGCUGAAGCACUCAGUGUGUUUGCUAAAAUGCACACUACAGCAUUAGUGCAUGCUAUAGAAUUUUAGUAUGCACUUUUUUAGUGCACUAUUAGUGCAUACUAAAGUGCACAAUAAAGCAUCAGCACAUUAAGUGCAUGUUGAACAGUGGAAAGCAGUUUUAAUGUCCCAACAGAUGCUUUCAUUUGAGAUC